AUGCCUUAUGUUGUUCUUACUAAAUAUGACACUGAAGAAAAGGAAAAACUAGUAACAAAAAGUAAUUAUUAAAUAACACUAUUUAAUUAAUUAUAUGGAAUUGAUUUAAUAUUGUUUUUAUAGGAAAAAAGUCUGUGAAACCUAUUGAUACAAAAUUGAGAAAAAGUCCAACUCCUGUGAGUGAGAUGGUUAAUCAAAGGAUUAGUCCUUCUGUCGAAAGAGAAAGUAAUGUAUGUAUAACAGUGUAUCUAAUUUAAAAAUAUUGUACUUAUACAUAGGGUGAUUUUUUUUAUCAUGAACUAGCAAUUAUCACAGUUUUUUAAGUUAAUAAUUUGAUUUCUGUUUUUUCUAAUCAUUAUGGAAUCGUUAGGUUAGUUUUAUUUUAAAACCAUUUUUAAUUUUUUACCUUUACUCUGUAUACCUUAAAUAAGUGUAUACUUUUGAUUUUCAAACAGGAACCCGCCUUUUGAACAAAGAUUUGGUAGAGAAUAUUUUUCUAGAUAUUUUGAUAUGCAUAACACUUAUAUCAGAUUUACCAUUUAUGAGUUGUAGCAGAUUAGAGUUUAGACCAGAGGAGUAAGGAAGGGUAAUAAAUUGCCUAUCUAUUUCCCCCCUGGGUUCCUAUUUGAAAAUCAAAAGUAUGCACUUAUUUAAGGUACAUGGAAUAGAAGUAUAAAAUUAAAAAUGGUUUUUAAAUAAAGUUUAAAUGAUUCCAUAAUGAUUAGAAAAAACAGAAAUCAAAUUAACUUAAAAAAACUCCGAGUAAUUGCUGGUUUAUGAUAAAUAAUCACCUUUUAUCCAUAUAUAUAUAUAUAUAUAUAUAUGCAUAGUUUAUGUCAAAUUACUAAUGAAAAAAGAUAAGUUUAUGUAAUGAAUGGGUAACUGAAAAUUCUAUAUUUGAUUAUUUAUAUUGUUGGGAAAUUAGAGGACACUGAAUUAAAAAAAAAAAAAUAUAUGUACAAAUAAAACAUGAAAAUAAAUUUGUUCUAUAUAAAAUAUAUCAUUCAUACAUUUUUUUUUAUCAAAAUUGUUGUUAUAUAUAAGGAUUAAAACACAAUUUCAUACUACAAUAUUUUAUGGAUUUUUAAUAUGCUAUUUUCAUAGUUGUGCUAUCUAUUUUGCUAAUGUGAAUUUACUAUGACAUAACCUAACUAUGAUUAUUUAUUUAUUAUAAAAUAUAUGAGCAUUAUAAAACAUUUUCAGGUCUCUGCUGUCUCCAGAUCAUUUUAUGAUAGUGAGUCUGACGAUAAUAAUCCACAAUUUGAAUUAAAUCAUAAAAAUAUAACAUACCAUGAAGAAAACCAAUUUGGAGGAACACUGGGAAAUUUCAUAUUAUCUAUGUCAUUACCAAUUUUAAUUGUUCUUGCACAAAUUGGCCUAAAAGCUGUAAUACAAUUAUUUUAGUUUUUAAUUUAACAAAUUAUUACAAAUUUUUAUUUUUUAGAAAGGAAAUUUAAUACCAUUUCCACAAGGAUAUUUAAGAUUAACAAACUAUUACGAUCAGAAUGUAUUUAUUUGGUCAGCUGCUAUUGUAUUUAUUCAGCUUUUAAUAUCAGUUGUUCCAUUAGCUAAAAAAACUCAAGGAUUACAGAAUAUUAUGAAUGGACUUCAAUACUACAGGUUUUCUGGUUAGUUAUUUUAAGAUAUAUUCAAUUAAUAUAUUAAAUAAUUGUAUAAUGUUAUUUAUUAUAUAUAUAUUUUUUUAGGAAUUAUAAAUUUAAUUAUAGGUGUUUUAAUUGUUGCUGUGAUGGAUUAUUACAAGUGCCCAAUAAAUUUUAUUAUAGAAAUAGUGACUAAAAAAACUGUUCCCUAUAUUGUAGCAUCUGUUUUAUAUGCUUUACUUAUUUCAAUAGUGUUAUAUCUAAAAACAAAGUUUAGUAACAAAGUCGAUGAAUGUAAUUCUUUAAAUAUUGUACAAAAAUUGUUUAUUGGAACAACAAUCAAUCCUACAUUAGGGCCUAUUAAUAUUAAAUUGGCUCUGUAUAGGUAUUCUGCAUUAAUGACUGUAAGUUAAAUAAACAAAAUGUUUUUAAUAUUAAUUAAUUAUUAAUAUUAAUUUUGUUUUACUUCAUAGAUUUUGUAUAAUUCUCUUAUCAUCAUGGAUAAUCUUAAACAUCCAAAUAAUAUUUAUCUCAAUUAUGUUGCUGGAUGUCAAAUACUUUUUUCUGUAGAUAAGUUAGCCUUUGAAAAUAAUUUAUUGUCAUCGUUUUAUUUACAAAAUGAAAAAGUUGGUUAUUGGACUAUUCUUCAACAAUUUGUACAACCUGCAAUACAUAUUUUACCAAUUCAAAUUUUAAUUUCAAACAAAUUGUAAGUACACUAAGUAUAGAUGUAUUAUAUUUUAACUGGAAUUUUUAUUUAUUUAUUUUUUUCUUUGUUUUAAAGACCUGUCAAUUACUACAUUUUAACUAUUUCUGGAAUCACUUUUCUGUUUGGACUUAUCUGUCAACGUUAUUCUAAUUUAAUUAAAUAUCAUUUUGUUUUAAAAACAAAUGCACAUCUAUCAACUGGUAAGUAUUAGCUAGUAGAUCCAUUAAAACAUUAGCUGAACAUUUUUUUUUUUUUUUUUGUUUAAUUUUAUAAUUAUUACGAUUAGGUGGAAUAGAAGUUGUUCGACGUGGUCUCUGGUCAUACAUAAGAUAUCCUCAAUACUUGGGGGUCAUAGUAUUACAUUUAGCAUUAAUAUUGCCAAUAAUUGAACCAAAUGUUGCCAGUUUAAAAUCAUCCUGGCCCAUUUUAUUUUAUCCAUUAUAUUACAUUGUUACUUUGUCUCACCGAUCUACCCGUAUUUCAAACUACUGUAGAUUGAAAUAUGGUUACUCGUGGGACUAUAAAUGUAUUGCAAAGUGGAAUAUAUUACCAAAUAUAUUUUAG